AUGAAACACAUCCUUGAUGCGAUAGCACAGAAAAUGCCACCUGAACACGAGACUCACGUAGCCAGAACCUUCCUCACGAGGAUUUGGAGAAACUCGAUGAGGAAGAAUGAGCUGAGCUGGAGGCCUCACUCCUGCAAGUUCUCUGAUAGCCACCCCGACACACCAGCAUCUCCAUUCCCCUCUGCCAGCUCCUGUCCUUCCUGGCACGGCCGUCACCACCCCAGUUCUUCCUCCCAUGACCUGUCUGGCACGUGGGAGCACACGAAUCUGCAGCGUACCUCUGACCACUUUAGUUUCCUGGGGAGCGUCGACAGCCUGGGUGGCCUGAGCAGCCCUUCCCAGCCCUACCCCUCCAGACACCUCUCCGCCGCCAGGUCCAAUGACAGCAUCGACCACCUGGGCGGCCCGAGCAAGCGGGACUCAGCUUACGGCUCAUUCUCCUCCAGCUCCAGCACACCCGACCACACCUUGCCCAAGGCUGAUGUGUCCUCUGCAGAGAACAUCCUCUACAACGUGGGCCUGGGGGAGGCCUCCAGGCCGGGCGGCCGGCAGGGCCAGGCUGCCAGUGACCCCCAGGGCCUGGAGGACAGGCUCGGGUACUUGCCACCCCGGGCCCCCCGUGACGGCAGCAGAAGCCCCAGGCCAGAGGACAGUCCUGAGACCAAGCUGGCCACCCCUGGGAAAUCAAAUUUGGGACCGGUUUGGUAUGUCCCCGAUAAGAGAAAAGCACCUUCCUCCCCUCCUCCACCACCUCCCCCUCUCCGCAGUGACAGCUUCGCUGCCACCAAGAGCCACGAGAAGGCCCAGGGCCCUCCACUCUCAGACACCGCCAGUGUGCAGCACUUUCCAGGCCCACCCCAGGACCAGCCCCGCAGUGACUGGAGACCAGAGCCCGCCAGUCAGCAGUGGAGGCCGGCACGGCCCGGCAAUGGGAAGAGAGUCGGGAGCUCGGGCCCUGCGCCCCACGUCCCCCUGGACGGUGGGGUGCCGACCCCUGACCACAGGCCGGGCGGCCUCCCGGGGGCCCCUGGCCGGCUUCAGGCCUCCCUGUCCAGCACGGACGUGCGUUUCCCGCAGGCCUUUGGCUGCCAGCACCCGCGCCAGUACAGUGACGAGAGUCCCUUCUGUCACGACGGCCCCAGGGCCGCCUCGUCGCUGAGGGAGCAGCACUGUGUGGCUGUCCCUGGCGGCCGCCAGGAGCCUUCUGCCCACUGUGUCCAGGACAACGGCCCCACUCGGCUCAGGUGGCCCGGUGCCACUGAGCAGAAGGGCGACAGCGGUGGGCAGAGCCGCUACUACUGUGUGACCAGCAGACAGUGCCUGCAGGCAAGCGCCCAGGCGGGACAGCCCCACGAGGAAUAUUGGCAGUCUGACAGGGCCGCAGAAGCCCACGAACUCCCCACUGAGCACCCGAUGGGCCACGGGCCCUGGGGUCACAUCCGCCAGCACGAGGAGGAGGCCCCGCACACCCGUGAGAGCGACCAGGCAGCCAAGGGCCACCCCAUGGGAAGCGAGGAGCCACAGACAGCCGCCCACCGGGCAGGAGCCGCGGGGAAGGAAGCCGCCGACGGCUUCCUGUGGGCCGCAGGAGAAAGCAGCAAGAUCUCCCCUCAGAAGACACCUAUGCUGCACUCGCUGGCCCGGGAGGGGGCACGCCCGCCCGACGACGGCCCGGGAGCUGGUGCCGAAAGGCCGCCCCCGUUCGAUGGCCAGGUGGGCAGAGCCACCCGGAGAAGCGACCGCUUCGCCACCACCCUGAGGAACGAGGUCCAGAUGCGCCGAGCCAACCUGCAGAAGAGCAGAAGCACGGUGGCGCUGGCUGGGGCCGACGAGGCGGCUCGGGAGGCCGGCGGCUGGCAGGUGGAGCCGGGAGGCGUCCCCGGCGCCUCCCCAGAAGGUUCCUUCCGGGGCACCUAUAAAGACCACCUGAAGGAGGCCCAAGCCCGGGUCCUGAGGGCCACGUCCUUUAAGCGCCGUGACUUGGAGCCCAGCCCGGCCGAUCGUCCCGCGGGGUCAGCAGAGCCGCGGACUGAGGAGCACAGCACACAUCUGGAUGCCGCUCCCCUCUUCUGGGAGGGGGGCCUGCCCAAGCCGUCCCCGUCUGGAGGGGGCCUGCCGCACGUUCCCCGCAUUGGGGGCCGGAAACAGUUCACGGUGCAACAGAAGCUGAAAUCGUACUCCGAACCCGAGAAAAUGAACGAGGUGGGGCUCGCAGGGCCCGAUCGCCCCCACCGGCACCCGGGUGCAUCCGAGGACACCGUGGGCACAUUCGCCGACAGGUGCAAGUUUUUUGAGGAAAGCAGCAGACCCAUUCACCAGAGACCUGGGCAGAGGCAAGCACUCUGUGGAUUCCCGAAGGAGAAGCUGGAGAGGCCGCGGACAGCGGGCCAUGGGUACGAGGGUGCAGAGCCUUCGUUCCAGAACAGGGCCCACACGACCUCCUUUGGAGAGAACCCCAGCAGUCACGGAAAAACGGCGAACAUGGGAAAACCAGAACCGCCUCAGAGACUUGGAACCUUUGCUGAGUAUCAAGCCUCUUGGAGGGAACAGAGAAACGCUCUAGAAGCCAGGAGUUCUGGGCGGUAUCACUCAGCGGAUGACAUCUUGGACGCAGGUCUGGAUCAACACGAGAGGCCACAGUACGUUCAUGGAAGGUCCCGUUCCUCACCAUCCACAGACCCCUACAAACAGGAAGCUGCCAUCGAACCACAACAGCAAGUGGGGGACGCUGGUGAGCACAGGCAACUUUCUGCCACCGUCCGGGCCGAGGAGGGACGCCCUAAUCCGAGGUGGGUGAAUUCUGGAUUUGGGGUUGCUAAGAAGACAUCUUGGAGGUGGCCUUCUCGACGGUGGGUGAAUGCUUGGUUCACGUGA